AUGGUGACAUACAACACCCUCAUGGACGGGUGCGUGCUCAGCGAUGACAGCGCAGGCGCGCUAGCCUUCUUCAAUGAGAUGCGGUCACGGGGCAUCGCGCCGUCCACGGUGAGCUACAUGACGCUGAUGAAGGCGUUCGCUGUGUCGGGGCAGCCCAAGGUGGCGCACAAGGUGUUCGAGGAGAUGGAGCGGGACCCCAGGGUGACAGUGGAUAGGGCGGCGUGGAACAUGCUCGUGGAGGGGUACUGCCGGCUGGGGCUGGUGGAGACGGCGAACCUGGCGAAGGGCAUCACGAUGGCGCGCAAGCCAGGGGAGGCGCUGGUGCUCUGGAACGAGGUGAAGGAGCGGUGCCUGGAGGAGGCCGACGAGGAGCUGCUGGGGGCACUGGCGGACAUGUGCGUGAGGGCGGCCUUCUUCAAGAAGGCGCUGGAGAUCGUGGCGUGCAUGGAGGAGAAGGGCAUCGCACCCAACAAGACCAAGUACAAGAAGAUGUACAUCGAGAUGCACUCCAGGAUGUUCACCAGCAUGCACGCGUCGCAAGCGCGCCGGGACAGGCGCCGGGAGCGCAAGCGUGCCGCCGAGGCCUUCAAGUUCUGGCUCGGUCUGCCCAACUCCUACUAUGGCAGGGAGUGGCGGAUCGAGCCUCUGCUGGAUGGCGAUGACCAAAGUUGA